AGCAAAAUGUAACUAUAACUGCGUCAUGGUGGACGCACUUCCUCUCAGCACUUCCUCAGCAGCGUAUCAAUAGUCUCUGAUAUGGCGAGCGGUCGGACGGGUGCUGUAGUUGCCGGGGUGUGUGGGGCCCUUUUCAUUGCAUAUUGUAUUUAUUUUGACAGAAAACGGCGGAGUCACCCUAGCUUCAAAGAAAAACUACGUGAACGUAGGAGAAAACAAAAUGUUUCUAGUGACAAGUCUGGACUGGCAAGGCUACCUGACUUGAAGGAUGCAGAAGCUGUUCAGAAAUUCUUUCUGGAGGAAAUCCAGCUUGGAGAGGAGCUCCUUUCACAAGGUGACUUUGAGAAAGGCGUAGACCACCUGACGAAUGCUAUUGCAGUAUGCGGUCAACCUCAGCAGCUGCUCCAGGUGCUCCAGCAGACGCUACCACCUCCAGUCUUCCAAAUGCUGCUCAGUAAACUGCCCACCAUCAGCCAGCGGAUCAUUAACUCUCAGCCUUUAUCAGAAGAUGACGUUGAGUGAAUGUGUUCGGGGUGGAAGUCUACUAGUGAUCAUCUCUCCGUCUUUAACAAAGAGGACGUCGAAUGAAUUUGUACGGAAGCCAUUACUCAGAUGGUCUGAUUACCUUAGUGUGAGUUUGGUUUAUGACUAAGCUUGACCUUUGGAUUACUCUUCAAUCAUGGCACUCCCAGGUUAAAGUAGCCUGCAGGGUUAUGUUUGUAGGAGUGGUGAAACACAUUCCACCUUUUUAUCUUGUUCCCACCAGAUCAUGUUUUCUAUCAUUCUGUCCAUAACAGUAAUGUUCUUUAUUUUGCUGGAAUGUUAUGUACUAAAUAAUAAAACGUAUGUAAAUAAAUUGUUACUUAUAACUGCGCAGUUACUCUACAUGUGAAGUGUUUAAGAGUGCCUACACUAAACUGAACACUUGUCUGCACUAUUUAGUUCUCAAAACAGUUUUUGCGAUAAUUACAUUUUAUUUUUGUAUUUCAGUCUUGCAUAUCUGGACAUAUUAUUGUGUGUAAAAUCCUACAAUAAAUAAAUGAAAACACA